UCCAGCCUUAUCUCUCUGCAACUUGCUUCCCCCUGAAAAGUUUGAAAGAGGCCACGCAACGCAAUCUGCAUUUGCAUCAUUCCAGAGUUGAACAGUUUCAAGACAAUUUUGGCAACGAUUCCUACAAGUGGUUCAUGAAGAAAACACAUUGAACGUGAGAGACUGUGGAAGAAUGCACCAUGGCAUGCGCCACCUUAACCGUUGCAAUAUUGUGGAAGGGUCCAUCCUUGAAGGCUUUACACACUUUGGGUUUAGCUCCUGCCAGAUGCUUCAGCAAACACCAGCUGGCUCUUGCCGCUCAGAACUUUUCAGAUUACGAAUCCAUCCAAGAACAAUAUAAGCCAGAGGUGCCAGAAUACUUCAACUUUGCCAAAGAUGUGGUGGACAAGUGGGCCAAAGCAGAAAGGGAAGGAAAGCGGCUUUCAAACCCAGCUCUGUGGUGGGUCAGCGAAAACAACCAAGUUAAGUGGAGCUUUGUGGAGUUGUCGGUCCUUUCCAAGAAAGUGGCCAGAGUGCUUUCUGAUCACUGCAGCCUGAAGAAAGGGGACAGAGUGGUAGUCAUCCUGCCACGCAUCCCUGAAUGGUGGCUCUUGAAUGUGGCUUGUAUCCGAACAGGUACCAUCAUGAUUCCCGCAACAACACAGCUGACCUCAAAAGACAUUCUGCACCGACUGCAGACAUCACAAGCCAGGUGUAUCAUCACAGACCAGGUUCUGGCCCCUGCUGUAGAUUCAGUUGCUUCCAAAUGCCCAUCUCUAGAAUCCAAACUGAUUGUGUCCAGGGAACCUAGAGAAGGAUGGCUAGACUUCAACCACUUGCUGAAACUUGCGCCUGCUGAGCACAACUGUGUGGUCACAAAGAGCCAAGACCCAAUGGCAAUCUAUUUCACCAGCGGUACAACUGGUGCUCCAAAAAUGACUGAACAUUCUCACGGCAGCCAUGGAAUUGGACUUGGUAUUAAUGGAAAGUAUUGGCUUGAUUUGACCCCUUCGGACAUAAUGUGGAAUACGUCAGACACUGGCUGGGCAAAAUCAGCAUGGAGUAGUGUUUUCGCGCCAUGGAUUCAAGGAGCAUGUGUGUUUGUACACAACAUGCCUCGUUUUGAGCCAAAGCCUGUCCUUGAAACUUUGUCCAAAUUUCCUAUCACAACUUUCUGUUCUCCUCCAACUGCUUACUGAAUGCUGGUACAACACAAGUUAACCAGUUAUAAGUUCCACAGUCUCAAACACUGCCUCAGUGCUGGAGAACCCAUGAACCCAGAAGUGAUGGAAGAUUGGAAAACAGAAACUGGGCUGGAUAUCUAUGAAGGCUAUGGGCAGACAGAAACAGUGCUGGUUUGUGGGACUUUCAAAGGGAUGAGAAUUAAGCCAGGCUCUAUGGGGAAACCUUCUCCAGCCUAUGACACUCAGAUAGUUGAUGAAGAAGGUAAUAUUUUGCCUUCUGGAAAGGAAGGUGACAUUGGUAUCCGAAUAAAACCUACAAGGCCAUUUUGUCUUUUCACUCAGUACACGGAUGAUCCAGAAAGAACAGCUUCAACCAUCCGUGGGGAUUUCUACAUCACUGGGGACAGAGGAAUCAAAGAUGAAGACGACUACUUCUGGUUUGUAGGAAGAGCAGAUGACGUCAUCAAUUCAGCCGGAUACCGCAUUGGGCCAUUUGAAGUGGAAAAUGCAUUGAUAGAACAUCCUUCGGUAGUAGAAUCGGCUGUUGUUAGCAGCCCAGACCCUGUGAGAGGAGAGGUUCUGAAAGCUUUUGUGGUUUUGGCACCUAACUAUGUUUCACAUGAGCCAGAAGCAUUGGUUAAGGAACUACAGGACCAUGUAAAAAAGGUCACUGCCCCUUACAAGUAUCCCAGAAAGGUGGAGUUUGUGCCACAUCUGCCAAAGACAAUCAGUGGGAAAAUCAGGAGAAACGAACUGCGCAAGAAGGAAUGGGGGAAAGCUUAGAGUUAUCGCUAUUUACUUCCACUUUGUUCUAAGAAUGAAAAGUUUUAUAUCGA